GCAUUCCAACACCGAUAGCAACAGCCAAAGCACGGUGAUAUUCACACAACUAUUGUGAUUGGUGAUAUUCACACAACUAUUGUGAUUGGUGAUAUUCACACAACUAUUGUGAUUGGUGGUGAUAUUCACACAACUAUUGUGAUUGGUGGUGAUAUUCACAAAACUAUUGUGGACGUUGAUAGUCACACUACUACCGUGAAUUGUGAUAUUCACACAUCUAUUAUUAUUGGUGAUAUCCACACAACUAUUGUGAACGGUGAUAUUCACACAGCUGUUGUUAUUGGUGAUAUGCAUACAACUAUUUUGGUUUCUGUAAAUAUUUUUUGGCCCAGUUGUUGUGGAGGCAUGUUUGUAGGCUGGCGCCUGUAAAUCUCUGCUUCUAUUAUGUUGCCGACUUGUCUGGAUUGGUUUUCCACCGUCUACGCGACAAUCUGAAUUACUAAUCCAGUUGUCUUGUUGCUAAACUUUUCCUGCCAACAUCAGGCUACAAUGAGUAGGGGACGGGCUGUCAAGCUACCCCCGAACUUAAAUGUACCAGCAGACGAUAAGCCCGGCUAUAACAGACUGAAGCCUAAGCUUUGUGAUCUGCAUGUUUACAAAGUUCCAAGCGAAUUAUGGCGGGAAACGUUCAACAAUAUUCUAAACAAUGUCGUCACAGAGACGGUGUCAGUGGGGAUUAUCAGGGUUCCUGGAGACCUACGGCUUGUAGACAUUCGAGAAGAAAUUGUUCAACAGCUCCAGUUGGAUGAGCUCGUCCCUUAUGUUUUCCUGAGGAGUGUUGGCAGAAGUCUUACAAGGCUAAGAACCAAACAGGAAUAUCAGUUAAAGGCCAAACAUUUUAUUCCACCAGUAGCCUAUGCUCCUGAAUUAUAUAUUCUUGAAACAACACAAGAGAUAAGAGAAGCAAUUGCCAGCAGUGAAAGGUCCUCUCAGUCUCCUCCACUCUCCAGAAGGACAUCUCCAACUCAUAGAAAUUAUGCUUUGUUUAGAAAUGGCGAUCAAGAAGAUGCCCAUAUUUCUCCAGCCCACAGGUACCACCCCCUACCUAAAAUAGACAAAAAGCCUGCAGCCUCCCCAGACCCGGACCCCAACCCUUACAACUCUGAUGACUCUUCCUACAAGUACCAUGACCCGUAUGACCCAUACACCCAACCCUCUCACCACACAGCGCAGCAACACCAAGAGAAAAAUCCUGCCACUGAAUGGGAUGAGAUGCCGGCACACACAAGAAAACAAGGGGCGCUUCAUCUUUCACGCGCUCGCAACAGCUCCCCAACCAAACUUGUGAGAGCUGUGGACCGGGAUGAUGAUUCUGAUACUGCACACAUUUCAAAAGAUGAGAACUACAGAAAGUACAGGAGAGAAGACAAUGAUAACAGGAUAAGGCCUGUGCAGUUUGACAGUCUGGAGGAUGAAACAGAAGGAAGACUGGAUCAACGAGACCAGUGGAUGAGUGAUCAGAUGAGGAGAGAGAUGGAAGAGAACAGGAGGAUGGGAGAAAAAAGAGAAGAGGAAACUGAAGAAGAAAGACAGAGAAAAAAGUAUGAAGAAGCUAGAAGACAAGAAGAAAUGUUAGAGAGAAUGAAAAGAGAAGAAGAAGAAAGAAAAAGAGAAGAAAAAGAAAGAAAAAGUGAAGAAGAUAAAAGAAAAAGAGAAGAAAAAGAAAGAAAAAGAGAAGAAGAAGAAAGAAAAAGAGAAGAAGAAGAAAGAAAAAGAGAAGAAGAAGAAAGAAAAAGAGAAGAAGAAAGAAAAAGAGAAGAAAAAGAAAGAAAAAGAGAAGAAGAUAAAAGAAAAAGAGAGCUUGAAGAAGAGGAAAGAAGGAAACAUAAUGAAGAGGCAGAUAGAAGAAGAAAAGAAGAGGAAAUAAAAAGAGAUGAAGAAAAACUAAGAAAAGAAGAGGAAAAUAGGAAAAAUGAAGAAGAAAAAAGAAGGAAAGAAGAAAACAGAAGAAAACAAGAAGAUGAUGAAAGGAAACAAAAAGAAGACUUAAAGUUGGAUGAAAGGGAAAAUAAAAUGGAACCAAAAAAAGAUUUGACAACCUCAUCACCAACAGUCAGAGAUACAGAGUCAGCAAAACAAAAACGUAGAAAUGAAAAGAACCAGCUGCUGAAAGACAUUGAGGAGGCCAGGGUGUCCCGACAGGAGCAGGAGCGGGAGAGGGAGGAGCUGGUGAAGAAAGCCAAACAGCUGCAGCACAAGACAACCAACAGGAGAAAUGAAGCUCGAGAUAUGUGGAAAAAAAAAUAUUUUGAAGAGAAAAAGAAAACGGCGCCAUUAGAAGAAAACAGCAAUCGUCUGCACCAGGAGCUGGAGGCCCUGCACAGGAAGUUGAUGAACACGCUGGAGGGACCCAAGGACAAGAACCCUAAAAUCAUUGAUGCCCAACCCUCUCCUAAGAACAAUUAUGUCAUCCAGUGCACAAAGCUCCAACAUGAAAUAGAAGACUUGCAGAGACGUGUUGAAAAUGCAAGAAUGAAGCUAACAGCAGAAAUGAAGCUUCGUAAUCAAGCACAAGGAGAACUGCGUGCACUUCGAGCAGAACUGAGUGAAAGAAAACUGAAUUUGGAGAAGAGUAGACAAGAACAGCUGGCCACUAUUAACACCUCAUACAAUAGCCAACCUGAGUUCAAGGAUCAUUUCUUUAGAACAAGUUUGGAGAGCUUUUAAUUAAUGAGUCAUCUCAAGUUUGGAGAGCUUUCAAUUAAUGAGUCAUCUCAAGUUUGGAGAGCUUUUAAUGAAUGAGUCAUCUCAAGUUUGGAGAGCUUUUAAUUAAUGAGUCAUCUCAAGUUUGUAGAGCUUUUAAUGAAUGAGUCAUCUGUUUCCUAUUUGAUUGGAUAUAUUAAGCAGAUUUUGGUUUGACCAAUCAAUCCAAUAUUUCAAACAGUGAGUUAACUGACAUAUCACCUCAAGAGCUUAUCCCUGAAAUCUGAACUCAAUUCAAACCCAAAAUUUUAUUAAAAUUUACACACAUUAUUAAAUGAAUUGAUACACACAUUAUUAAAUGAAUCAAUAAACAAAUUAUUAAAUUAAUCAAUACACAAAUUAUUAAAUUAAUCAAUACACAAAUUAUUAAAAGCUGACUUGAAAUUACAAAAUAAAUGUUUUGUUUAAUUUUAUUGCAUUUUUUUUUACUGCAACACACUAUGUGUUUUACGGAUUCAGUGAUGAAAACAAAUAAUUUUACAUUUUAUAUAGAUCUAUGAUUAAUCUUGUAUAAUGUAGGACUAUUCAGUUGAACUUUGAUUUUUUUAAUAAA